AUGGCUAACGCGGAUCCGGCUGAGAGGAAGGACGGCCAGGCUGCGGGGCUCAACCCCGGGGUGCCCGUCAGGGGCAUCCGGAUGAAGUUCGCCGUGCUGGCCGGCCUGGUGGAAGUUGGAGAAGUUUCCAACCGAGACAUCGUGGAGACGGUGUUCAACCUGCUGGUUGGUGGUCAGUUCGACCUUGAGAUGAACUUCAUCAUCCAGGAGCCGGAGAGCAUUGUGUGCAUGGUGGAGCUCUUGGAGAAGUGUGAGCCAAAUUGUCAAGCCGAGAUUUGGAGCAUCUUCACGGCCAUCCUCAAGAAAAGCGUUCGUAACCUGCAGGCAUGCACUGAAGUGGGGCUCAUCCAGCAGGUGCUCCAGCGUAUAUCGGCAGCUGACAGCAUGAUUGCAGACCUGUUGGUGGACAUGUUGGGUGUACUUGCCAGCUACAGCAUCACAGUGAAAGAACUGAAGCUUUUCUUCAGCAAGCUACAAGGGGAAAAAACCCAGUGGCCACGUCACGCAGUGAAGCUUUUGUCGGUUCUCAAGUACAUGGCACACAGAAAUGGCCCUGACUCAUUCUUCAGCUUUCCAGGGAAAAAUGCAGCUGCAAUAGCUCUGCCCCCGAUUGCAAGAUGGCCAUACCAGAAUGGAUUUACAUUCCACACGUGGCUCCGAAUGGACCCUCUCAACAACAUCAAUGCAGACAAAGACAAGCCUUAUUUAUACUGUUUCCGUACCAAUAAAGGCAUGGGUUACUCUGCGCACUUUGUGGGCGGCUGUUUGAUAGUGACCUCAUUAAAAUCAAAGGGCAAAGGUUUCCAGCACUGUAUAAAGUACGACUUCAAACCACAGAAGUGGUACAUGGUGACUCUUGUACACACCUACAAUCGCUGGAAAAACAGUGAGAUUAGCUGCUAUGUGAACGGAGAACUGGCUUCCUUUGGAGACAUCGCCUGGUUUGUCAACACCAGCGACACGUUUGACAAGUGUUUUCUUGGCUCAUCUGAGACGGCAGACGUGAACCGUGUGUUCUGUGGGCAAAUGGGGGCAGUGUACCUGUUUUCAGAAGCUCUCAGCGCUGCUCAGAUACUGGCCAUCUAUCAGCUGGGUCCAAGCUACCAGGGCACGUUCAAGUACAGAGCUGAGAGCGACUUGCUGUUUGCCGAGCAUCAUAAGACCUUGCUCUACGACGGCAAGCUGUCCUCGUGCAUUGCCUUGACCUACAACCCUCGCGCCACAGAUGCCCAGCUCUGCCUUGAGUCCUCUCCCAAGGACAAUGCCUCAAUUUUUGUUCAUUCACCUCAUGCUCUCAUGCUGCAGGAUGUGAAGGCUGUCGUGACUCACUCAGUCCAGAGUGGCAUCCACUCCAUUGGAGGCGUUCAGGUCCUCUUCCCUCUGUUUGCACAGCUGGAUUAUUGCCAGCCCUCCAGCCAAGAGCUGGACACCUCCGUGUGCUGCACUUUGCUGUCCUUUGUGAUGGAGCUCUUGAAGAACUCUGUGGCAAUGCAGGAGCAGGUCUUGGCCUGCAAAGGAUUUCUCGUCAUUGGCUACACUUUGGAGAAGUCUUCCAAGCUGCAUGUGACGCGGCCUGUCCUGGACAUUGUUCUAGCCUUUUCCAGAUACCUUAGCAACUUGCAGAAUGGCAUCUUGUUGCUCAAGCAGCUUUGUGACCACAUUCUGUUCAACCCCGCCAUCUGGAUUCAUGCUCCAACCAAGGUGCAGCUGACACUCUACACCUACUUGGCAACUGAAUUCAUCAGCACAGUGACCAUCUACAACGCUGUUCGCAGGGUUGGCACAGUUCUCCAAAUCAUGCACACACUUAAAUACUACUACUGGGUGGUCAGCCCUCAGGAUCGCAGUGGAAUUGUACCCAAAGGUCUUGAUGGUCCGAGGCCAAACCAUAAGGAGAUGCUCUCCUUGCGAGCCUUUUUGCUGUUGUUUGUCAAGCAGCUCAUAAUCAAGGAUCAUGGAGUGAAGGAAGAUGAGCUGCAAAGUAUUCUGAACUACCUCCUGACCAUGCACGAGGAUGAAAAUCUCAUGGAUGUCCUGCAGUUGUUGGUUGCUCUAAUGUCUGAGCAUCCUGGCUCCAUGAUUCAAGCCUUUGACCAGCGCAACGGGAUUCGUGUGAUCUACAAGCUUUUGGGCUCCCAAAACGAGGGAAUAAGAGUCCAAACACUGAAGGUCAUGGGCUAUUUUCUUAAAAAUCUAUUACCAAAGAGAAAAUCUGAGGUCAUGCUGAGUCAUGGUUUGUUCUCGCUGAUGACUGAACGUCUGAUGCUCCACUUUGGCCAGUUCACUAUGACGACCUACAACGUGCUGUACGAGAUUCUUACAGAGCAGAUCUGCACUCAAGUGAUCCAUAAACAACAUCCGGACCCCGACUCUACUGUGAAGAUCCUCAACCCACAAAUUCUGAAGGUAAUCGCUGCCCUCGUGAAGAACUCUCCCUCCUCCCCUGAAAGCAUGGAGGUGCGCAGGGCCUUUCUGUCAGACAUGAUCAAACUGUUCAAUAACAGUCGGGAGAACCGCAGGAGCCUGCUGCAGUGCUCAGUGUGGCAGGAGUGGAUGCUCUCUCUGUGCUUUGUCAACCCGCGCAACAGUGAGGAGCAGAAAAUCACAGAGAUGGUGUACGCCAUCUUCCGCAUCCUGCUCUACCACGCCAUCAAAUACGAGUGGGGCGGUUGGCGUGUCUGGGUGGACACCCUGUCCAUCACCCACUCCAAGGUGACCUUCGAGCAACACAAGGAAAAUCUGUCCCGCAUGUUCCGUCAGUACCAGCAGCAGGAGUCUACAAGCUCUCAAAGCACAAUUAGAACGGUCUCUGGUCUCAGCCAAAGUGCAGAAACUACAAAAUGUGUUAAUGGGCCACCCGGAGAAGAAAUGGCAACCUCGACUGUCAUUGAGCUUAAAGUGGACAAACUGUCUCAGAAAUCCUUUGACUCAGCAACUAGUCCCACUAUCACCUCUGGGCCACUGGAGGUUGAGGAGGAUAGAGGCCAAACAUCCAUCACUGUGUCCAACAUUCUGGCCAGAACCGAGGAUGAAGAGCAGAAGGCGGCAAAAGAGGAGGAGUCUUCCAAAGGUCCCUCAAAUGUUGAAAAAGAAAUUGAAGCUGCUCUGAUACAAAAAACUAAUACAGAGGAAAAGACUGAAGACUUUAAGAAUGAAAACACAGUGACUGAGGUAGCGGCUGAGAAAAGCAAUGAUGAUGAAACUACAGAAAGCAGCCAAUCAGUGACAGCUGAUAUUAAGACGGAGGAAGUGGAAGGAGACUCGGCAAUGCCCCCAGGUGAUGAUGCACACACAGAUGAUGAAAGAUCAGUUGAGGACACCAAAAGAGAAUCAUCAGUCUCAGCUACAGAAGAUGUUUUAAAUGAAAAAGUUCCAGAAAAAGUAGACAUGCCACACCAAAUGUCCCCUGAGCCUGUAGCUUCUCUGGAUAACAGUGUUGUUGGAGGAACUUCUGUCUUCAAUGAAGGCUUGGCUGAUGUACCGUCUGUUGGUGACCAGGUCCAUCCUAGUGAUUCAGAUGACAGUCAAGAGUCCUCUUAUAUUUCUGCUGCUACUGGAGAGGAAGGGGAAGUAGUAAAAAAUGAACAAGAUACACAUCAUGAUGACGAUGAAGGGGAAACGAAUGAUCACCAAGAACAGGAGUCGAGAAUGGAAAAUGAAACCGAAAUGCAGGAUGUUGAAUUAAAUGAAAAUGAAGAAAGUAAAUCUGAGGAGAAACCAGUGUCUUGUUUGGACAGUCAAGCUCCUCGAGCUGAAAUGCCUGAGGAAAAUAUCACAGAAUCACCCAAAGAAAAAGUUAGUGACCACCAGUCUUCCUCCAAAACUGAAGGUGCUUUUGAAGACACGCAGUCCUCUGAUGCUCAAACACCCUCUUCAGUCCAAGAUGCUGUUGCAGCUUCAGACUCCACCUCCCUAAACCAGCCUACAGAGACCAGUGGGAACAGUGAAGGGAAGACCCCAGCUGGGGACUCUGAUAACACCACCAUUAUCUCCAGCUCUGACACCCCAAAGAAAACAAAUUCUGUCAGCAAGACCAAAGAGAUCAAAAUUGCCCGACUAGACGUGUCCAAUGUGGCCUUGGACACGGAGAGACUUGAACUGAAGGAGACUUGUACUACAGAAACAAGCCAAGGCCAAGCAUCAGUAGUAUCAUCAGCAGCAGGAGAAGCUGGAAGUACUUCAGGCCAACCUAGAGAGAGCAGCACACCAGCUCCUCGCUCCACUAUGUUCCGUAUUCCAGAGUUCCGUUGGUCCCACAUGCAUCAGCGCCUCCUGACUGACCUACUGUUUUCUGUUGAGACAGACAUCCAGGCUUGGAGGAGUCACUCUUCAAAGACGGUCCUGGACUUUGUGAACAGCAGUGAGAAUGUUGUGUUUGUGCACAACAGUAUACAUCUCAUCUCCCAGGUGGUGGACAAUCUCAUCAUGGCUUGUGGAGGCAUUCUACCUCAGCUGUCUGCUGCCACAUCUUCCACUCAUGAACUAGAAAAUAUUGAACCAUCCCAAGGUUUGCCGGUGGAAGCUUCAAUCACCUUCUUGCAGCGUCUCAUUAACCUCGCAGACGUUCUCAUCUUUGCCAGCUCCCUCAACUUCACAGAGAUCGAAGCUGAGAAGAACAUGUCAUCGGGUGGGAUCCUGCGACAGUGUCUUCGUUUGGUGUGCGCUAUAGCCGUGAGGAACUGUCUGGAGUGUCAGCACGCCCAGUUUAAGCAUGAAGGUUCAGCACGAAGCUUCACCGUCAUGCCCAGCACUGUACUGGGAACAGCCAUGUCUGCCACUGCCCAGAGUCCUGUCGAUGUAGUGACAGGUGGCGUGUCCCCAGUCAGAGACUUGGACCGGCUCCUUCAAGACAUGGACAUUAACCGCCUCAGAGCAGUUGUUUUCAGAGAUAUUGAGGACAGUAAGCAGGCUCAGUUUCUGGCUCUUGCAGUCGUCUAUUUCAUCUCUGUCCUCAUGGUGUCAAAGUAUCGAGACAUAUUGGAGCCGCACAAUGACAAGAGACACCCUCAGCGUUCACAGUCUUCAAGGAGUACAGACAGCGAUGUUGUUUCUGGUGGCGCUGAGGUAGAAAACGGCUUCUCUCUGAGACGCUAUGAUUCUGGUCUCAGUGAGGACCACACCUCGGCUGCAGCAAGCGAGGCGGAUCUGUCAUCCUCUGGCGUAAUUCAUGGUCCAGACGCCAUCUCUGAAGCCCUGUCUACGCUGUCGUCCGAGGUCAGACCCGCUCCGUCUGACUCAAAGGGCAAGAAUGUGAAAGACAUUUUACGCAGCCUUGUCAGCACCCAGUCUGAUGAUUUCACGGUAGACCCGAGUCUGCUGCCACCAGCGUUCCUCGGACUUGUGGAUGAUGUGGCCCGAGACUCAUCCCUUCAAUUUCGCUCUUUUGAUAGAAGUGUUGUCGUUGGACCCAAAAAAGGGAGUGGGAUGCCAUCUCAAGGCCCUCCUGCCUCUGUCCAGAUGUCCUCUGCUGCCUCGGUGUCUGCUGGGACACCAGUCGACAGCGUUGAUGUGGUUUCUUCUGAUGACGCCCUUCAUGCUGCCUCUGUAGACUCUGCUGCCUCAGGCGACCAGCUUCCAGCCAGCACCAGCCUGCCAUCUGUCCCACCACUCUCCUCUGUGACCCAGAACACCACCCCCAAUAUGAGUAUCUCAGAGCGUCUGGAGCACGCUCUUGAAAAGGCUGCUCCUCUGCUGAGGGAGAUCUUUGUCGACUUUGCCCCGUUUCUCUCUCGUACUCUUCUGGGCAGCCAUGGACAGGAGCUGCUGAUCGAGGGCACCAGUCUGGUGUGUAUGAAGUCCAGCAGCUCGGUGGUGGAGCUUGUCAUGCUUCUGUGCUCUCAGGAAUGGCAGAACUCCAUCCAGAAGAAUGCAGGCCUGGCCUUCAUUGAGUUGGUCAACGAGGGCAGGCUUCUCAGUCACACCAUGAAGGACCAUCUGGUUCGUGUUGCAAAUGAAGCCGAAUUCAUCCUGAGCAGACAAAGGGCUGAAGACGUACAUAAACAUGCAGAGUUUGAGUCAAACUGCGCCGAGUACGCAGCUGAAAAACGAGAAGAGGAGAAACUGUGCGACCACUUGAUCAGAGCAGCUAAGUUUCGAGACCACAUGACGGCCACACAGCUCAUCCAGAAGAUAGUCAACAUCCUGACCGACAAACAUGGAGCCUGGGGGAACUCUUCCAAAAGCCGGCCGAGGGAGUUCUGGCGCCUGGACUACUGGGAGGACGAUUUAAGGAGGCGACGCCGCUUCGUCAGGAACCCCUUCGGAUCGAGUCACUCAGAAGCUACGCUCAAAGCAGCGGCCGAGCACGCAUCGGAGGAGGACGUUCUCAAAGGGAAGCAGUCCAUCAAGAGUCAGGUUCUGGGAAAUCAGAACUCUGACAGUGAGACGUCACUGGACGGAGACGAUGACACGUUGUCCUCCUUAGACGAGAAGGACCUGGAAAACCUAACAGGCCCAGUAAACCUGAGCACCAGUGCUGAGCUCGUGGCUCCGGCUGUGGUGGUGAAAGGCACCCUGUCCGUCACCGCGUCCGAGCUCUUCUUCGAGGUGGAUGAAGACGAGCCGGCCUUUAAGACCAUCGACCCAAAGAUCUUAUCCUAUACAGAAGGCCUUCAUGGAAAAUGGCUGUUCACAGAGAUCCGAGCCGUGUUCUCCAGACGCUAUUUGCUGCAGAAUACUGCGCUGGAAGUAUUUUUGGCAAACAGAAGUGAGUUUGAACAUAUGUUUAAUGACUCUUCAGUUUGUUGUUCUUCUUUGUGCCAACAUUUGAACAUUUUUUUUAAAUUUUCAUUUUUUCCUUGUAGACGUAUUUCUCUGGCCACACCCAAACAGCUCUUCAAGGCUUCCAACAUGACUCAGCGCUGGCAGCGUCGAGAGAUAUCCAACUUUGAGUAUCUGAUGUUUCUUAACACCAUUUCUGGUCGUACCUUCAACGAUUUAAAUCAGUACCCAGUCUUUCCCUGGGUCAUCACCAACUAUGACUCGGCAGAACUUGACCUCACUCUGCCCAGCAACUUCAGAGAUCUGUCUAAGCCCAUUGGUGCGCUGAACCCCAAGAGGGCAGCAUUCUUCUCAGACCGAUAUGAGUCCUGGGAGGACGAGCAGGUGCCCAAGUUCCACUAUGGCACCCACUACUCCACCUCCAGUUUCACCUUGAUGUGGCUGCUUCGCAUUGAACCUUUUACAACUUUAUUCCUCAACUUCCAAGGAGGGAAGUUUGACCAUGCUGACCGCACCUUCUCCUCACUGUCCAGAGCCUGGAGGAACUGCCAGAGAGACACAUCUGAUGUUAAGGAACUCAUUCCAGAGUUCUUCUAUCUGCCUGAGAUGUUUGUAAACGCCAACAGUUACAACCUGGGAGUGAUGGAAGAUGGCACUGUGGUGUCUGAUGUGGAACUUCCACCUUGGGCCAAAAACCCAGAAGAGUUUGUGCAGAUUAAUCGACAGGCUCUGGAGAGUGAGUUUGUGUCCUGUCAGCUUCACCAGUGGAUCGACUUGAUUUUCGGCUACAAGCAGCAGGGACCAGAAGCUGCGAGAGCGCUCAAUGUUUUCUAUUAUCUAACCUACGAAGGCGCAGUCAACCUCAGCUCCAUCAGUGACCCCAUGCUCAGAGAGGCUGUGGAGUCUCAGAUCAGGAGUUUUGGACAGACCCCUUGUCAGUUACUUAUUGAGCCACACCCGCCCCGAAGCUCAGCCAUGCAAGUGACCCCACUGAUGUUCACGGAGCAGAUGCAGCAGGAUGUUAUCAUGGUGCUGAAGUUCCCGUCCAAUUCUCCGGUGACACAUGUAGUGGCCAACACGCAGCCAGCUCUAACAUCACCUGCUAUCAUCACUGUCACCGCCAGCCGCCUCUUUGCUGUCAACAAGUGGCACGGCUUGACAGGUCAUCAGAGUUCAGCUGAUCAGCAGUACCAACUUCCUGUGGAAAUUGACCCUUUGAUAGCUAGCAACGUGGGAGCUCAUCGUCGUCAGAUCUCAGACCUGCUGGAUCAGAGCAUUCAGAUCAGCUCCCAGUGUUUUGUCAUCACAGCUGACAACCGCUUCAUCCUUCUGUGUGGCUUCUGGGAUAAGAGCUUCAGGGUUUACUCCACUGACACAGGCAAACUCACUCAGAUAGUGUUUGGGCACCGUGACGUGGUGACGUGCCUUGCUCGCUCUGAGUCCUACAUCGGAGGAGACUGCUACAUCCUGUCCGGCUCCAGAGAUGCCACCCUGCUGCUGUGGUACUGGAAUGGAAAGCAUAACAGCAUCGGAGAGAGCCCAGGCGCAGCAUUUACCAUACCGAGGGCCAUCCUGACGGGUCAUGACUGUGAGGUGACGUGUGCGAGUGUGUGUGCUGAGCUGGGUCUCGUCAUCAGCGGCUGCAAAGAGGGUCCUUGUCUGAUCCAUUCCAUGAAUGGGGACCUGCUGUGGACCCUGGAGGGCCCCGAGCUCUGCCAGCGGCCCAGACUCAUCCAGUCCUCCUCCGAGGGUCACUGCAUCGUUUAUUACGACAAGGGACACUUCUGUCUUUUCACCGUCAAUGGCAAACUGCUCGGACACUUGGAAGUGGAAGACGGUAUCAAGGCCAUGCUUCUCAGCAAAGAUGGCCAGUAUCUGCUGACAGGUGGAGAUGAAGGUGUAGUUUCUGUCUGGCAGGUCCAUGACCUUAAACAGCUGUUCACCUAUCCUGGCUGUGAUGCAGGAAUCCGCUCCAUGGCCAUGUCACAUGACCAAAGGUGCAUCAUAACGGGCAUGGCUUCUGGAAGCAUUGUGCUCUUCUACAACGACUUCAACAAGUGGCACCACGAGUACCAGACCAGAUACUGAACUGAAAACUGCAGCAACGUUGAGAAAAAGAUCUCAAGUCUCACAAGCGUGAACUCUUCUCAAAGGCACUGUUCUGUCUAUAACCUCAAGUCUUGAAGGUUUUUCAAUAAAAAGAGAAAAACAAACGUCUGUCCCGUUAAAGCAUCAACUAUUUUUUGAAAAAAGGCAUUGCUAUUUUUUGUAGAUCCGAUAGAACA